AUGGUCAACGUUCCCAUGACCCACGCAUUUCAUGACUUAGCCACGGUAACUUGGAACCCGUUGAUAGGCCCAUUUCUCAUUUUGUUGUUCCUUGGUUUGAGGCUACUUAUCCGACCCGUGAACUGGUUGCUGUCAACGAUUAUUGAUGCCUUCUUAUCCAGACUUCAUCAAGUCCGUGAUGUUGGGGCCGGGAGACCCUUUCCCUCAAACAGAUACUGUUUCCCCGGUGGCCAAGGGGACGCGGCCAAGUUUCUCCACGGCAAAGGAAACAGUGUUAAAUGGGAGUCAGAGUAUGGGCCCAUCUACCGUAUAUGGUCAGGUCCAAAUCCUGAAGUUGUUCUGACAAGGCCUGAAGACGUUCAGCAAGUCUUCAAAGAUUCAGACAGACACAUCAAAGCAGUCAAUAAUAACUCCGGGUAUUUACUGGGGCAGCUACUCGGAAAAUGCGUUGGUCUCGUGAGCCAGGAUGAAUGGAAACGGGUCAGAGAGGUCUCAGAAGUUGCAUUCGUACGAAGCAUGGUACCUAAAUACUUGGAAACCAUCCAGAGGCGAACUGUACGCCACUUCAAGACCCUUGGAGCCGGCGAGAACUUGGCCAACGGAUUCAUCGAUCCAGCAGCCGACCUGAAGAUGCUCCCUUUUUGGAUCAUCGCUGACGUGCUCUACGGAAGUUUAUCAAAGGAAAUGGAAGACACUCUUGCUAAACUUGCACCUCUGCGCGAGGGCAUAUUUCGCAAGGUUAUGCAAGGCGACGACCUAUCCAGAUUCAAUUGGUCACGGUUUUUCCCGACCAAAACCAACAAAUCUCUUGAGUCAUUCAAAAAGCUGUGGAAUGGAUUUAAUAAGGACGACCUUGCUCGAGCUGUCUAUGUUGGAUCUCGUCCCCCGCUCAAUGGACCUCUAUGA